GGGGGUUCGCGCCGAGGCGGCGGACAGGCGGCGGCCCUGCAGCCGAGACACGCGGCGGCCUUUGCACGCCUCUCGCCUGGCAGCGUCUCGCGGCGUGGGAGGGAAGCCCGACGGCGCUGGCGGCCCCUUGGGUGGCUUUCCUCCCCCCAGGGCGGUGGAGGUUUGCGCGCUUUACUUCAGUCGCAGCCCAGUGAAACGAGUCGAUGUAGGCUGGCGUUGCGGUAACCGCUCUACUGUGGGUCAUUAGCCUUUGGAGUGUAAAGCAGUUUUAUUAGGGGAGAAGUCUGCAUGACACUGUCCUGCCUGAAACGGAUCCCCCGAAGCCUCUUGCGCGUGCGGCCCUUGGCUGGUUUUAGGUCACAGCCCUUCAUGGAUCUAAAAGUCCUGGUCUCUUUGCUGAAUGACUUUGCUUCGCUCUCGCUGGCCGAAAGCUGGGACAACGUGGGCCUCUUGGUAGAGCCGAGUCCUCCCCACGUUGUGAAUACCCUCUUCCUUACCAAUGACCUAACGGAAGAAGUGAUGGAGGAAGCACUGCAGAAGAGAGCGGACCUCAUUCUUUCCUACCAUCCCCCCAUUUUCAAACCACUCAAACGUAUCACGUGGCAGACGUGGAAAGAGCGCCUGGUGAUCCGGGCUCUGGAAAACAGAGUGGCCAUUUACUCUCCCCAUACGGCCUAUGAUGCUGCCCCUCACGGGGUCAACACGUGGCUCGCCAAAGGAUUCGGUGAGUGCACCACGGUCCCUUUGCAACCCUCUGCAGCUUCUAAUUACCCUACUAAAGAAUCUUACCAGGUUAAAUUUAGCUCCUGCUCUGCUGAAAACCUAGAAACAGUUCUGUCCACUCUGCAUAAGAUGCCGGGAGUGUCACUCAUUGCAACUGCACCUACCAGGUUUGGUGGAGAAGAGCAGACAGGAGUCAGUUUGAGCUGCACCCAGCAUGCCUUGUUGCAAGCAGUGGCCUUGCUUUCCCAGAACCCCGCUCUUUAUGAAACGACUGAAAUAAUACCAUUCCAAAAGCCUCCCCUUGAACAUACUGGAAUGGGACGUUUGUGCACCUUAAAGGAGUCGGUGGCUGCAUCGGUCUUGGUUGAAAGGGUGAAGAGCCAUUUAAGGUUGCCUCACGUUCGCCUGGCCCUUGGAGCGGGGAAGUCAUUGGAAUCCCAGGUGAAGGUGGUUGCUGUCUGUGCUGGUUCGGGAACAAGCGUCCUGCAAGGUACAGAAGCUGAUCUCUAUCUCACAGGGGAGAUGUCCCACCACGACGUACUGGAUGCUGUUGCAAAAGGCAUCACUGUGAUUUUGUGCGAGCAUAGCAACAGUGAGCGAGGCUUUCUUUGGGAGCUGCAGCGACUGCUUGCUACUCACCUGGAGAACAAGAUCCACAUUAUCGUUUCAGAGAGAGAUAGAGAUCCUCUCCAAGUGGCAUAGAAGUUCACAUUGUGAAGACAUGACUCCUUGCUGGGAAUCUCUCCAUCUUCUGCUGCUACCGGCAACCAGACAGUGCAAGUUUUCAGGCAAUAAGUGACUCCAGUCAAGCCCUUUUUUCCAUCAGGUGUACAAAUAAAAGGCACAUUACUACUGA